AUGACAGCAGCCGCCACGGCUCAAGGGCUGCGCCGAAUGCGACGCUUGAGGUUCGACAAUUCAAAGCUGGGCACUGCGCUCAUCGCGCGCAGCAGCUCUGCUGAGGAGGUUUUGGUCCUGGUGGCACAGAAUCUCAAACGCUUAGAUCACAUUCAUUGUACAGCCUCUCUGCAUGCCCUUGCGAAGCACUCCUUGACAGAUGAUGCGUUGGCCAAGCGAACUCUGACUGCGCUGCUCAGCAGACAACACGACUUUGCCCGUCGUGGCUGUCUGGACGGUCGGCAGCUAUCGAAUACGCUCUGGGCCCUUGCUCGCUUGCGUCAGCCCGCGCUGGAAGCAAUGCCAAGCGGCCUCACAAAUCAGGUGGCUGCUCAACUUGCAUCGUCAAAGGCACAGCAGUUGAAUCACCAAGACAUCAGCAACGGCCUGUGGGCCAUGGCAGCUCUUGAUGUGGACUUAGAAGACCAGGCUGACCUGAUGUCCAGCUUGGCGUCGAGGGCCGAGGCGGCGCCCGAGGGCUUCAAAGCCCAAGAGUUGGCCAAUACCAUUUGGGCGCUCGCCACCUGCGGAACAGGCAUAGCCAGCCGAAUUGCACAAAAGCUCACGGCCUAUUGCGUGGUGACUCGCAUCUUGGAGUUGGAAAGUAUUCAGCUGGCUGCUAUGAUCUGGGCCGUUGCAGCUGCUGGUUUGGAUGGACCCAUUCUGAAGUCAUCACCGGCCAUGGCGGGGCCACUGAUGCAGCCUUUAGCAGCAGUGGUAAGACCUCAUGUUCAAGACUUUGGGCCCCAAGAGGUCGCAAACGUCUCAUGGGCUUUGGCGGUGGAAACCAUUGAUGAUCCGCAACUUCGAGAUGAAUUGGCACUUGGCGUCCAGCGCUGCAUGUAUGAGUUCAAGCGGAAGGAAUUGGUGAACACCCUUUGGGCUUUUGCAGUCUUUGGCAGCCCUGAAGUAGUCGACUAG